AUGAUAAUUGAUGCAAAAUUUGUAGAAGAAAUAACUGGUAAAGCGGUUAUCUUGGCUACCGGUGGUUUUAGCUGUGAUCAUUCUGCAGAAGGUUCAUUGCUUCAAGAAUUUGCUCCAGAAAAAAUCAAUUUCCCUACAACGAAUGGUCCAUGGGCUACCGGAAGAGGAGUUAAAAUGGCUCGUGCUAUGGGUGCAGCUUUGGUAGGAAUGCAAAAUGUGCAGAUUCAUCCUACAGCGUUUGUGGACCCUAAGAAUUCAACCGCUAAAACGAAAUUUCUUGCUGCUGAAGCUCUGAGAGGAAAGGGUGCCAUUCUGUUAAACGAUAAAGGAGAACGAUUUGUAAAUGAGCUUGGACGUCGCGAUUAUGUCACCGAUAAAAUACUAAGGAUUUGUCCCAAAAAUAAAGAAGCUGGAGAUAUCCAUACUGCAUUUAUGCUUAUGGAUAGUCAGUCAGUGGAUGAUUUUGGUCGCGCUUCGUUUGGUUUUUACAAAUUCAAAGGUUUCUUUCAGGAGUUCAGUACUUUGGAUCAAGUAGCAAAUUACAUGAAAGUCGACUUGUCAAAACUUCAAAAAACAUUAAGCGACUAUAACAAACAUUUUUAUUCACAGUCUUCUAGUGUUGAUGAAUUUGGAAAAAGGGUUUUUCCUUCUGCAUUGGAGCACCCACCAUAUUAUGUUGCUGUCAUCACUCCAGCAAUUCAUUACACUAUGGGAGGAGUGAAAAUUGAUAAAGAUGUGCGUUUUAAGAACUUUAGAGCAAAUGCAGUUGUGUAUAACGAAUUUUCUGGCAAACCUUUCAAAGGUUUGUUGGCUGCCGGCGAAGUUACAGGAGGUGUUCAUGGCCGUAACAGGCUAGCUGGUAAUUCACUCCUUGAAUGUGUCGUUUAUGGACGUAUUGCUGGUUUCAACGCUGCAAACAUACAUUAUUCGUCUUCUGAUGCUACACUAAGACGCAGUGAUUUAUAA